AUCCUGAAACUGCUCUUGCAACAGCAUUAAAUUCUGGAACAGCAACAUGAGCAUUAACAGAAUGAAAGAAAAACCUGUGUAGUAACAUCUACAGAACUAUCAAGGAGUCAGAGUUUAUCCCAUCCUUUCUACAUAGCAUGAAAAGCUGGAAUUGGCAGGCUGCAAGUAAACAAGAAAGUUGUUCCAGGAUUAUUGACAAUUUCAUUAGGUAUGAUAAGGGAUUCCUAUGCAGAUAUUUGUUCUCAAAAUUCCUGAUCCUGCUUUGCCACUCCACAGAGGUUGGUAUUCUCCUUAAAAAUCCAGCAAUCUAUGAUAGUUUAGAGAGCAAUAUUAGAGCUGUUAUGGCUGAGGAGAUGAAAAGCACAAGGUCUGAGAAUAAAAGCAGCCACCUCUCUGCUGUUGCUAUAGGGAAAAGCUCAAGCUCUAGCAGAAGGAAUGAGGAGUGGGAAUGAAAUCAAUGUUUAUUGGCAAGUUUUUGCAUGAUUGUGGGAAAAACGCUGCAUGACCAUCAUUUUGCUGCCUUCUUUACCCAGCACUGCUUUCAAUCAUCUGCAAAUUGAAUUUCCAUUCCUCUGCCAUCUCAGUCGCUCAGCAGAACACAUGAUUUCUGGCACAAGAGAGAAGAUAUGGCUGGUUUUUGCUGUGAUGUAUUUGUUGCAGGGAAUUACUUGCUCAGAAGAAUUCAAAAGAAUGAGGAGAGCUGUGGAUCCAGAAGCAUUGAUGAAUAUUAAUGAGAUCAUUACGUACAAAGGGUACCCCAGUGAGGAGUACAAAGUGAUGACUGAAGAUGGCUAUAUCAUUACCAUUAACAGAAUCCCCCAUGGUAUACAGAAUCAGAGAAACCCAGUUAUGAAACCUGCUGUAUUUCUCCAACACGGGCUAUUAGGAGAUGCCAGUAACUGGAUCUCAAACCUGCCCAACAACAGCUUGGCCUUCAUGCUAGCUGAUGCUGGCUUUGACGUUUGGAUGGGAAAUAGCAGAGGGAAUCGCUGGUCCAGAGAACAUCAAAAUUACUCCACUGAUCAAGAUGAGUUCUGGGCUUUCAGUUUUGAUGAGAUGGCAAAGUUUGAUCUUCCAGCAGUGAUAAAUUUUAUUGUGAAGGAAACUGGACAGGAAAAGUUGUACUAUAUUGGCUAUUCACAAGGCACCACCAUCGCUUUCAUUGCUUUUUCAACAAUGCCAGAACUGGCUCAGAAAAUCAAACUCUAUUUUGCGUUGGCACCUGUCACUACUAUUAAGUAUUCCAGAAGCGCAGCAGUAAAGCUCCUCUACUUUCCUGAAAAAAUGCUCAGGGGUUUGCUUGGCAAAAGAGAAUUCCUUCCCCAGGCUGAAUGUCUAAGAAGGCUGAUAGUCCCUGUCUGCAGCUACCGUCCUUUUGCUAGGCUUUGUAGAAAUAUCUUCUUCAGUCUUGGUGGCUACAACAUGAAAAACAUUGACAUGAACCGGAUCAAUGUGUACAUCGCACAAACCCCUGCUGGAACAUCUGUGCAAAAUAUAAUCCACUGGAGCCAGGAAGCCCAUUCGGGGAAGUUCCAAGCUUAUGACUGGGGCAGUUCAAAGAAGAACAUCGAGAAAUACCAGCAGGCUACUCCUCCUCUCUACAAUGUAGAAGAAAUGACUGUACCAACUGCAGUGUGGACUGGGGGUCAAGACUUGCUUGCAGAUCCCAAGGAUGCUGCCAUUUUACUGUCUCAUAUUAAGAGGCUUAUCUAUCACAAGAAGAUUCCUGAAUGGGCACACCUGGAUUUCAUCUGGGGAUUGGAUGCACCUUUGUGUAUGUACAAUGAAAUUAUUGAUCUGAUGCAGAAAUAUCCUUAACCCACAAGCAGUAGCCAUACCUGGCUCAUUCCCCAGUGCCUUUGCUGGGUACAAAGAAAGUAUUCUUUUGCAUCAUAUAGCUUCUGCUGGAGUCAGAGGCAGGGUUUCUCCUGGCUGAUACUAUUUUCACACUACAUGUCACCACAGUGCCUUUUGGAUCUUGAUGGUGCACUUCAUGCUUUGUGGCAACCUUGUGAUCAGUAAUCAUUUUUAACCGAUAAAGCUUAGAUUCUGCAAUACAUUGUACUUUGCUAACAGGAACCAGGAUUUUGUUGCAACCUGCUGUCUUCUUUCAAACCUAACAGUAAUGAAAGCACUGAGUUUCUCUGGAUGUGGUCAAUGAUGCCAAAAAGUUUUACAUUCAUCACAUAAUUUCUCAGUUUAUUGUAAUAGAAGUUCCUGAAAAGCUAGUGUAAACUGAGACUAAUGCUAGCAGCCAUGGCUUUUAUGUUUUAUUAUUUGAUAAGAUGAU